UUUGAGAAAAUACAAUUAGUUUGGGUUUUAGGUGGGUGGUCGUGGGUUGGGAGUUUAGGGUCUUCUAAAUUUGGGCUUAGGAUCGGGCUUCUGUUUUUUAAUCUAAGACUGUUUUUUUUCUCUCAUCACUCCUUUCCCAUCUUUGUCUUAGAUUCUGCCAUGACUGUUGAUUUUUGUGUUAGUCACUGCAUGAAAAUUGGAUUCCAUAGAACAGCCAUGUGAAACCUGCCAUGCCGGUGCCAUUUAAUGGCUGCCAGUGAGAAAUUCACAUUGGCUGCUUUUUAACAUCACUGUCCAUAGCUUAUGGGGACUAAAGCAAAUGAGAACCUUAAUGAGUUAAAACAAUGCCGCUAAAAUUUUGAAUCAGAUUUUAGUCCGUACUUCCUACAGUUUCUAUCAAUAUGAGUUUUGAUUUAUAUGGAAGGGUAGGGAUCAAUCCUUCAUGGAAAAUAAAGAUCUAUAUACCUUAAUGAGUCAAAGCUAUCAGGAAUCUAACUCAGAAACUGACAUGUGCUUGUCAAAUGUCAUGCAUGAAGAGUGUCUAACACCUCGUUUGGAGGAGGCGUGUCUGUGCUUCACAGCUUGCUAUAGUAUUUUUAUUCUUAGCUGCCGCAUGCCACUAUGUGAGACCUUGUUGAAGUUUUACUAACUCACUGUAAAGCUGUGCUUGUUAUGCCAACGGAAUUUGUACAAUUAUUACAAAAGCUCUUAGCAUUUUUUGACCAUUUCAUUCAUGAUUAUAAAAAUGGACAGGUCAACUGGCCGCAGUGGUGGUGGAAGUGUGGACAUGUUUCUACCAAAUUAUAAGUUGGGGAAAACACUUGGCAUUGGAUCCUUUGGCAAGGUGAAAAUUGCCGAACACGUACUGACUGGUCAUAAAGUUGCUAUAAAGAUCCUUAACCGCCACAAGAUAAGAAACAUGGAAAUGGAAGAAAAAGUUAGAAGGGAAAUCAAAAUUUUAAGAUUGUUUAUGCAUCAUCACAUUAUACGACUUUACGAGGUCAUAGAAACCCCAACAGACAUAUUUGUUGUUAUGGAGUACGUGAAAUCUGGAGAGCUCUUUGAUUACAUAGUGGAGAAGGGUAGGUUGCAAGAGGAUGAAGCCCGCCAUUUUUUUCAGCAGCAGAUAAUUUCUGGUGUGGAGUACUGUCACAGGAAUAUGGUUGUUCAUAGAGACUUGAAGCCUGAGAAUUUACUUUUGGACUCCAAAUUUAAUAUCAAGAUUGCUGAUUUUGGCUUGAGCAAUAUCAUGCGUGAUGGUCACUUCCUUAAGACAAGUUGUGGAAGCCCUAACUAUGCGGCUCCAGAGGUUAUCUCUGGGAAAUUGUAUGCUGGACCUGAAGUAGAUGUCUGGAGCUGUGGUGUAAUUUUGUAUGCUCUUCUCUGUGGCACUCUUCCUUUUGAUGAUGAAAACAUUCCCAAUCUUUUCAAAAAGAUAAAGGGUGGGAUAUACACUCUUCCUAGUCAUCUGUCACCUGGUGCUAGAGAUUUGAUACCAAGGAUGCUUGUGGUGGAUCCCAUGAAGAGGAUGACCAUACCUGAGAUACGUCAUCACCCAUGGUUCCAAGUUCGUCUGCCACGCUAUUUAGCAGUGCCACCACCAGAUACACUGCAACAAGCCAAAAAGAUUGACGAGGAGAUUCUUCAAGAAGUGGUUAAUAUGGGAUUUGAAAGGAAUCAAUUGGUUGAAUCUCUUGCAAACAGAAUACAAAAUAAGGGUACUGUAACAUACUAUUUGUUAUUGGACAACCGGUUCCGUGUAUCUAGUGGUUAUCUUGGAGCUGAAUUUCAAGAGACAAUGGAUUCUGGUUUCAAUCGGAUACAUUCCAGUGAAGUUCCUUCUCCAGUUGUUGGACACCAAAGCACAGGGUAUAUGGAUUACCAGGGAGUAGGAAUGCGGCAACAGUUCCCUGCUGAGAGAAAAUGGGCCCUUGGGCUUCAGUCUCGAGCACAACCACGUGAAAUAAUGACCGAGGUCCUUAAAGCUCUGCAAGAAUUAAAUGUUUGUUGGAAGAAGAUUGGACACUAUAACAUGAAGUGCAGAUGGGUUGCUAGCAUUCCCAGUCAUCAUGAAGGAAUGAUUAACAAUUCUGUGCAUAGUAAUCAUUACUUUGGAAAUGAUUCCAGCAUUGUUGAAGAUGAGGCUGUUUCUAAGUCAAAUGUGGUCAAGUUUGAAGUGCAGCUUUACAAAGCUCGUGAGGAGAAGUAUCUACUUGAUCUUCAGAGGGUCCAGGGCCCACAGUUUCUUUUCUUGGAUCUCUGUGCUGCUUUCCUUUCACAGCUUCGUGUUCUCUAGCAUAAAGCUCAUAAGUCACAAAGGAGCCCUCGUGCUGCAUGUGAAUAAGCUUACAUUGUACAUACCAGUACCCGUUCAGUAUGGGUAUAUCUAUUUGUCGGUACUUUUAGCCUACCCCCAGUUUUUAUGGGUUAUCAUGAUUGAGGCAACCUACAUAUGGCAUUUGCUUCCGAAAUCAUGGUGUCUGACUAGGUCCGUCUUUUUACCAGUUAAUUUUAUGUUCACUAUCCCCUCAAAUCCCUGAGAUUUUAAUGAAAGCUUUCUCCUCCAACAGAGACAUCUGUUUAUGGUAUUGAACUUAUUGUUGUAAUUGACUGCUUAUGUCUGUUGCUCGGAAGCCGAGGGGUUGUUUGCCUAGGCUGCAUCGAACAUGAGCUUGCAGAUAAGCAUUUUCUCCCCGCUUCCCUACUCAAUUACUGCUCCUUUUAUGGAUGCAUUUUAUUUGGUAAAUCAUGGCUUAUGUAUUUUAGAAUCUGUGUAAACCAUAUUUUUUCGGGCAUUCAUAAUUAGUUAUGAUUAAUCAGGUUACUUGAUCCUUGUUUUAUA